CGGUCGGACAGGAAGUGAAGCGCGGCCGCUGAUUGGUCAGAGCGGGAGCGAUUGUUCGGCAAUAAUACAUUGUAGCGGCGGUGUCCGGAGAGAGAGAGAGAGAGAGAAGGGGUUGUUCAAACCUGUAAGUGAAGUGUGUGUGUGUAUGUGUAUAUAUUGCUCACAAUGACAACAUUCAAGUUGGUUAUGCUGAGGCAUGGCGAAGGAACCUGGACUAAGCAGAACCGCUUUUGUAGCUGGGUUGAUCAGAAACUGACUGAGGAAGGCAUAAAAGAAGCCCGGAAGUGUGGGCAACUCUUAAAAGAAGCUGGAUUUCAGUUUGAUAUUGUGUUCACAUCUCUUCUGAGCCGAUCUAUUCAAACAGCGUGGUUUAUUCUGCAAGAAAUGAACCAGGAAUGGGUUCCAAUGGAGAGCUCUUGGCGGCUUAACGAACGCCAUUACGGGGCAUUAAUAGGUCUCAAUCGCAAGGAACUCGCUUUAAACCAUGGAGAAGAGAAGGUGAGGCUUUGGAGGAGAAGUUUCGAUCUCACCCCUCCUCCUAUUAAAGAAUCGCAUCCAUACUUCAAGGAAAUCUACAAAGAUCGCAGAUACAAUAAUUGUGACAUCCCGAAGGACAAACUGCCCACGGCCGAGAGCUUGAAAGAUGUCCUCUUCAGGCUGCUGCCCUAUUGGGACCAAGUAAUUGCACCAGAAGUGAAGAAAGGGAAAUCGGUUCUAAUCUCUGCCCAUGGGAACAGUACCAGGGCUCUGCUCAAACAUCUGGAAGGUAUCCAAGAUGAUCAGAUAAUCAGUGUGACUAUGCCUACCUGCGUGCCAUUGCUCUUGGAGUUAGAUGAAAACCUUAGGGCUGUUAAACCACAUAUAUUUCUGGGAGAUCAACAAACCAUCCAGGAGGCCAUCAAAAAAGUGGAUGACCAGAGCAGAAUCAACAUCCAAAACACAGAUACCUUUCCAGAUCCGCCCACAAACAUCAAGCCUGGGAGCACUGAAGAAAGUGAAAAAUAAUUAAGAAUUAUUAGAGAAUAUUUAAUGAAAAAUGUAUUUCCUAUUUGAAUUUGCUGUGGCUUGCCAGAAUAACCUAAAUAUAAUGGCUGUAAAAGUAUGUUUGACUCUGCACUCCAGGUCUUCAAUAAUUUGUCAAUGAUAUAAAUUCACUUACAGCAUAGUAAUGUCUCCACACACUGCACUUUAACUAUAAUGUUUACUUGCUUAUGUAGAAGAUUCAGAUUGUUUCACAAUGGGGUCUCUGUUACAAUAGAAAAUAAUUGAAGUCUUCAAUAUAGUAUUUUAUUAAAAUUGUAUUACUCUUCUUAGACAAGAUACUGUUAUGGUUUCAAAAGGUACUGCUCUUUAGAUGAUCAGUUUUGCGUUUAAAGCCUAACUUAUUAUUCUAUCCUCUAAUAAUUGUGUCAACUUAAAACUACUGUUUUGUUAUUUAAAAAGUUGUCUUAUUUUAUUGCUAAAAGCAU